GUGACCUUACAGGUCUGUGAGAAGCGCUUGCAUUUUUUGGCGCCUCUUGGUUGUAUGUUUUCCGAUGAUACCCUUCUCGUUUGCGGCUGGCUGUAGGAUUGCAUAGAUAGCAGGACAGCACAACACUUGUUAAGAGCGGCAGUCAGCAACAGUGUUCUACAAGUCUGCUCUCGUGCUGCGCGUUUCUCGUUGAUGGCGUAAUGACGUUCAAGCUCCUCCCCUGCGCAAGCGUGCCGGCUUAUCGCAGACAUGCUUUGACCAUUGAGCUUGACCUGUAUCCAAACGUUUCACGAGGUCGCGUGACACCUUGAAGAGAGUGCCACGAAGAUGGAAGGCGAUGCAGAGUCAAUCCUCAUACCCUUCGUGGGCGCUCUCCAAGCUUCCAUCGCUGUCCUACUCACCAUCCUCGCCGGCGUCCUUGCCGCACAGUUUGGGCUUCUGAGCGAGGCAUCUUCGAAAGACAUUUCGAAGCUAUGUGUCCGACUUUGUCUGCCAGCGUUGCUGAUCGUGAACGUCGGAUCCCAACUGGAGCUGGGAACGGGAACACGUUAUGUGCCAAUCAUAGUAUGGGCCAUCAUCUACAAUGUCCUCUCAAUCGGACUGGGCUUCGCGAUGACGAGGCUAUUCGGCAUGCCACAGUGGACAACGCCCGCAAUAGCGUUUAACAACACAACUAGCCUGCCGCUGCUCCUCGUGCAGUCGCUCGAUGCUACCGGCAUACUCGACUCUUUGGACUCGUCCGGCACCGCCGUAGCACGCGCAAAGUCGUAUUUCCUCGUCAAUGCAAUGAUCGGUAACAGUCUGACCUUCGCUCUGGGUCCCAAGCUUCUCAAUGGGCAGGAAGAAGACGCGCCCGACGAGCAAGAGAAGGAUGCGCAAGAUGGCGACGUCGAUGCGCAAAUCGAAGCUCAGCGCGAGGACGCGGAGGAUGCGAACGAGCAAAGUUCGCUUCUUCCGAACCAUAUGGCACGGCAUACGGUCAAGAUAAACUAUAAGGGCUACAAGUACGGACGCCGGAUCUGGGACCGUCUGCCAGGCUGGGCACGCACUGUCGUCGACGCCCUGUGGCAGUUUGUCAACCCGCCACUGAUCGGGGCCGCUAUUGGAGCGCUUCUGGGUCUGGUACCGGCAUUGCAUCGACUGUUCUUUGAAGAUCAGCAGCACGGCGGAUAUCUUAAUGCCUGGCUCACCAGCGCUCUGAAGAACGUCGGCGACCUCUUUGCGGCUCUGCAGGUCAUUGUGGUUGGAGUCAAGCUUUCGCAGGCUUUGCUGCGCAUGAAGAAAGGCGAGGCUAGCGGCAAGGUGCCCUGGCUCGCCACGACAGUCAUCCUCCUCAUUCGCCUCGUGAUAUGGCCUGCUAUCAGCAUACCAGUCAUUUAUCUUCUCGUAGUCAAGACGAAGCUCCUCAGCAAUGAUCCAAUCCUGUGGUUCGCCAUGAUGCUUAUGCCUGUUGGACCGCCUGCGCUCAAGCUUACUGCUCUAGCGGAUGUCAAUGGGUCGGAUGAUGACACGAAGAUGAGCGUUGCAAAGUUUUUGACGAUAUCGUACGCCAUCUCGCCGCUCAUAUGCUUCUCCGUCGUGGGAAGUUUAAAGGCUUCGCAGGCCGCCAUUGGCAAUUAAUUAACAUAAGAUGUCGUCAUACAUUCUCCCGUUCACAUUAGCCUCACAUGACCACCAAAAGGCCUACAGCGCCCGCGAGUCCAAGCAACGGAGCUGGAAACAGUGUAGCAGCAGCCAU